CCCCGGGGCGGCCCAAGCGCCGCCCCGCGCGACGGCUUCCCAGUGCGCCGGGCGUCUCGCUCGUCUGCUCCGCCGCCACGAGCUGCUGCCCGCGUCCGCGCCCGGCAUGGCUGGCAAAGCGCACAGGCUAAGUGCUGAGGAGAGGGACCAGCUGCUGCCAAACCUGCGGGCCGUGGGGUGGAACGAGCUGGAAGGCCGGGAUGCCAUCUUCAAGCAGUUCCACUUCAAAGACUUCAAUCGGGCUUUUGGCUUCAUGACAAGAGUGGCUCUUCAGGCUGAGAAAUUGGACCACCAUCCUGAAUGGUUUAACGUGUACAACAAGAAAGUUUACCUCAUCCUAGCCAGGGCCGAGGAGCUUGCAGUACCUGAGGCUUAACUGCUGUCGUACCUUUGGGAGCUGAAUAAAGGGGGAAGAGGCAGGAAGAACACAGAAUGCAGAGAGAUUUUCCCUGCCUUGGGGGCUCUCUCACGCCCACCUCGGGUAAGUCGAGGCAAUUUGUGAAGGUGCUUUGAGCUGUCCUUCAGGCAAGCAAACAUGCUUGACGGCUUAGAGCGGCAGGGAGGGGAGGACUGCUGCCCACUCUGGUGACACAUUUGAAUUUGGGUGCCCAUCCCAGCCCAAUCCUCAGGAAAGUACAGAAAAGGGCCCAGCAGAGAGUUAAGGUGUGCCCCAACGCUGCCAGUUCAGGGAGGCAGCCCCAGAAGGCCCUAGAUUCUCUGAAACCGCAUUCUUUUCCUCGUCCAUGGAAACAGGAACAAACCAGUGGGAGCAUAAUUUCCAACAACAGUCUUCAAAGAUGACGACAACCAAGUAUCAAGUGGGAACUGCAGGCACCACUGAGGACCAGCGACUGCUCCAGACCCUGCCGUGGUGGACUGAGCAGACCUGCUGGACCGCGCCGGCCCCGCAUAGCAAGAACGAUGGCUGGUCAACCUGUGUCCUCAGGAGACAACACAAGCUGCAAUAGAAGGGACCCUGAGACAGCUAACCACUCACAGAGGAGGACUGGAAAAGCCUCCUGCUUAGAGCAGACCUUACCCCCACUGAAGGAAACAUCGGUUAUGGAACACUUCCCGUCUGACUAGCCCACCUGCCUGAGGUAACAAAGGAAACCUUUUCCUAUCUCGUAAACUGUAGCCCACCUUCCCUAAGGAGUCAGGACAGGUCAGAGCUGCCACACCGUGAUUAAGUGAAGCUGAAAGCAAGAGAGGUUAGAGAAGGAAAUGGUUAAAACAAUUCCCAGGGUAACAUUUAGAACAAGGGCAAAAUAAUGACGUCACGGAAUCCUUUAGCGUCUUCACGUUAAAAACCACAAAGGGAUGGGAACAAGAAUCCUGAGGGUCAGUCUGUCUCAUGGUCUGCCGUGUUGUGCUCUACGGAGCAAAGACCAGAUGUUGAAACCACGUGGCCCGUCCCACACCCCGAGAACCUUCUGAAGGCCAGAUGCACCUCGGGGCCACGGAGGAUCCCAGCUCAGCGGGGUUUUGGAGAACCAUUCAUCUGGCUGCCCUGAGUUACAGUGUCUGUGCUGAAAAGGCUGUCCAAGAAGACGGAGGACAAUUCUGCCACCAGGUUCCUGUCGACUGUAGCCUGGGCCAUGCCGUAGAUCGCACCCUACAAACCCAGUCAAAGAGUGUCAUUAGAGACGAGGGGUCCGGAGCAGCCCGCGCUGCGGUCGUGCACUCCUCCUCCCACAUGCCCGCCUCCCCAGCCCAGGCACGAUGCGAGCAGAAAGGCAUAGGAUGUUUUUCACAGGCAUUUGCCAGCCUGCCGUUCUGCCUAAAGAACUGUCCUACAGGAUUUGGUGUAGAAAAUUCCGGAGGAAACAGGCUUAUUGCCUUUCCUGUGUCAAAAUUUUCUUUUUAAAUGGACACUACCACCACCUGUCUUUGUACAGCACUUUCAAAUUUACAAGGUGCUUACUAUAUCUAGCAUACCUCGAUUGAGACUAAAACAAACCCUGGGAAUGGGUGAGCAGAGAUCAUCAGUUCUGACUAAUAAGGAAAGAGGUUUGUGGAUAAGGGACAGAGGCAGGAACAGACUGGAGAUCAUCUGAUUCUUUCAAGCCCACCAACACCACCUGAACUUCCACAGGAAGAAGAAACCCCAAGUGUCCCUACCAUUCCUGUGGUCUUUGCUUUCGGAUUCUUCAUGAUUUGAGUGACGGAUUCCCGGAUGUCCUUUAGGAACUGUGUCGCUACUUGCUUACGGGUGUGUACCAGUGUGAUGCAGAAAUGAAUGCUAUGGGAGAAGAAAGACAAAGUGAGAUGAAUCCUGGAAUAAGACGGGGGGAAAGUUCUGAAAUCAGGCAGCCCCCAGUACAGGAAUUUAUUGAUUGCUUCUUCAUGUUGCUCGUGACAAGUGUAGUCAAAGUGCUCCCAGCUGUGGGCAUCAGGGCUCUCAAAUACACGGGCUGUCAAGAGGGCUUCAUGCCCUCAGCGUGACCAAGAACCACCCUGACAAGAUGAAUACAGCUGGCUGUCCUGUCCUCCCCCUCCACUGCUGUUCCUUCAACCAUGUGACAACCCACAGGACGCUUUUAUCUUAGGUGGUGAACCCUCAUGGGCUAGGGCCAUAUGGCUGGGGUCUCGACGGUCUUCAGGGCAGAGAAGAGACUGCCCCUGGAGGGAGACUGGGGUGCAGCGGGAUUGUGAAGAGGAAAAAACGGAAUCCAGAUGGGACUGGCAGGGGCACAGACACAUGACAGGAUCGGGGGUGUGGAGGACACUAGGAGACCUACUCUGUUGAAGCAGAGUGUUUGUUUAAAGGCAUCCUGGAAGAUGAGGUUAGAAAUGCCUAUGGAAGGCGACAGCAGCAGGCCUGAAUGACUACAGGCCCUGGAUUAGAGGCCCUCCGUUACUCAGGUCAUGAGAGCACCUGCGGAUGGGACAGAACAGAGCCCAAAAAGAGAGCAACUGUGUGUGGGGCGGUGGGAGACGAUCUCAUGACCGACCGCUCGUCUCAAGGCUGCCACCUAAUUUGCCAGACGUUAAAGCUAACAGUCUUGUUCUUGAUGUCGAAUAACUCCAAAUGGCAAGAGACAUCCUGAGAUACUCCAGCUGCCACUAAAGUGCUGGGCUCUAGCGGCCACUCUCUAUCCCCCAGGUCAUCUUGCUGCCCAAGUCCUUCAGCCAUGGAGCAAAGGAAAGUCUUCAAGCUCACCUGGGUGGGAACUGCAACUGGUUCAAGCUCCAGCCCUUGGCAUUCAUCAGGUUGAAUAGUCGGUAGAUGUCAAAAUCAUGGGAGCCCAGAGCAAUGACUGACAAUUGAGGAUUCCCAAAAACAAAGAUGCCUUUGAUAUUUUCCAGCCUUAAAAGGAACAGAAAGGAAAUUCAGGCACGUACAUUCUUCUGGUCAUCUCAUGUCUCCAUUAUAACAAAUCUAACCUUUGGGGGCUUAAGUUUUCUCAUAAGGUGGCUAGACUGAGAUCAGUGGUUCCUAAAUAUUAAAAAUAUUUUAAGGCUCAAACCCCACUAGAUCCAAUGAAUCAAGACUGUUGGCUCUUAACCUGUCUGCCCAACCCCCGAAUUAUGAUAUGCCCCCCAGGGGUAUCUGAGGGAUAAACAAUGUACUUUUUUGUAAAUCCUGGAAAAAUAAUCCAUCUCUCUUUAAAAAAGUCAUCCAUGUAGGGCUUCCCUGGUGGUUCAGUGGUUAAGAAUCCGCCUGCCAAUGCAGGGGACACGGGUUCGAGCCCUGGUCCAGGAAGAUCCCACAUGCUGUGGAGCAGCUAAGCCCACGUGCCACAACUACUGAGCCUGCACUCUAGAGCCCACGAGCCACAACUCCUGAAGCCUGCACACCUAGAGCCCGUGCUCCACAACAAGACAAGCCACUGCAAUGAGAAGCCCAUGCACCACAACCAAGAGUAGCCCCCACUCACUGCAACUAAAGAAAGCCCGCAUGCAGCAACAAAAUAAAAAAAUAAAAAGUCAUCCAUGUAAUCCCUAAAGCAAGAAAUGGUACAGCACUUCUCAGCAGACGGGUGUAUCAGGACCAUAUGCAGGCCUUUUUCAAGUGAGCUGUGCCUACUGGCUGCUUUCAUUCACCCUCAAGAGCGUGAAGAGGCCUCCCCAAUCCUGGUGACACACGGAGAGCCAGGCAGGUGACACACGAAGAGGUGUGUUAGACAAAGCACACAAGCUGGUUCUAGCCUUAACCCCGGAUUUCACCACCCCUUCCGCCCUCCCCCUCUCCAGUUCUUCUCUUACUCCAGCGAUCCUCCAAGUGUGACUCAGACCAGCAGCAUUAGUGUCCACUGGGAACUUUCAGAAACGCCAAUCUUCAGACUCCCGUUCCAGACCUACUGCGUCAGAAUUCUAGGAGUGGGCCCCGGCAAUCUGCGUCUUAACAAGCCCUCCAUGUGACUGAUGAGGAUUCAACCUCACGUUCUGAGAAGCACUGGCUUAACCAUUAAGAUGUACACCAGCACCUGGUAAGAGCUGCCAGUUGUCAGGGAGACAACACGGCCCACGGAUGAAGCCCGGGUGUGGCCUCCAAGUCCCAGCACGCAAGGGAGCUUAUCUCCCCAGGCCAACACCACACUCCGGGCCUGCAGACGGGCUGCAGCCACGGCACUGGGCCUAGCAGCUGCCUUGAGCCUACAGCAGACAAAGCAAGCAACACGGCGGAGCCCCCCAACCUUCCAGACAUACUCUGACUUGAGGAAGCGAGUGGUUUUGAUGAUCUGCUUGGUAGCUUCAACGUAGCCGCUCUCACCGAAGUACAUCAGGGCGGCCCAACAGGCUGCACUGAUGCCACCAGGCCGUGAGCCCGCAAUGGUUGGGGAAGCAUAGAUGCCGCCCUGCCAAUCUGUGUCAACGAAGAACUGAUAGUGCCUGUACUUCUUGUCAGAGUAUAACACCACCGAAGAGCCCUUGGGAGCGUAGCCGUACUGAGGGGGAGAAGCAGACAGGUGAGUGUACAGUUCCAUGCGGCAGACCUGCCCCAGAACUCUCUUCAUGCAGAUUCCCCCUGUCUGUCAGUUUCCCUCUGUUCCCACUCACAUUAAGAUUUCCAACUUAUUUAUUAAAAAGUAUAAGAAACUUCAGGGGGGUUCAUGGGGUUUAAAUUCUCUAUUUUAGGAAUGAGGAAUCUGAGGCCCAGGAAAAGCAACGUCUUGUCCAGUUAAUCGGUUUGCUUCCUAUCUCUCACGUAGCAUAGAGUUUUCCUUAUUUAAGACAGUACCCCAGGAAGGUAUGUCAGGAUGGAAGCAAAGAUAAAUUUAUUUUAUUAGUAGUAGUCAAAAUAAUCAGCUGUCUACUUUGAUUAACAUGUGGUCUCGUCCCUCACUCACCUUAUGAGUAUCAGCUGAAAUGCUGGUCACACCUUUCACCCGGAAAUCAAAUGGGUGCUCCAGUGGGUAUCCGGCUUUCUCCAUAAAGACGAUGAGGAAGCCCCCCAGACAAGCGUCCACGUGAAGAGGUAUUUUGUAUUUGACAGCCAGCUAGUUCCAUAAACCAAAGACCAUAGACAAUAUCAGUUAUAGCUCUACAACGAAAACUUUGCAAGACACGGGUGGAAUGGUGGGGUACAGGCCCAAGGCAUUAUGUACUGUCUUCCGUGUAUUAAAACCUGGCUAUUUUUGACAUUUUUAAUAAAGCUUGUCUUUCAA